CGAGUGGGGGCGGCCAAACCGGUGUCAGUUCGCAAACAGCCGAGGCCGUGCAAGAUUGUGUUUCUGAACGCGACUUACGGGCGGUUACCGAACGUAAAAGAAAUGUCAGUUCACCCCGAUAUUUUUCGGCGGCCUACAUAAAAUCCUUCGAUUUUUUGGACAUUAGUGUUUUCGUGCUAAUAAUAGAACAAUGAAACUGUGAAUUAUAAUUGAUUAUUACCGAAUCCCGUCGCGGAGUUUGUGUGAAUUACCAUUUUAUUGCAAAGUUAUCAAUGUUGAAUGUGUUUUAGUAACCCAGUUGCGUACACCGUAACAAAAUAAGUUUGUAAUCGAAAUUCUGUGAAGUCUGUACUGUUUUCUAGUUGGAAAAUGUCCUGUGACUAGGUUUAUUAGCGAAUUAAAGUUGUUGUUAAACGGAUCGGUGGCUGUUGUGACCUUAUUCGAGUGGAUUUCGUUUAUACAAUUUAGUUAUGACCUUCUAAAUGAAGGAGUCGUAUCCUGAUGAAAUUAUGCUCUGUUUCGUCCAAGGGUUUGGUGAGAGUGCGCGUGGGUUUAAUAAGAACCGUGAGAUUGACGGCCAUGUGUCAGAGGCUGCUUUAAAGUAUAGGAAGCAGAGCAAAAGAGUAUCACUUCAAGUUGAGAGUGGUGUGGUUGAGGAAGCAGUAGAUUUAGGAGCUAAGAAGUCGCAAGCGUUAGUAACAGGGAAGUCUUUGAGACUGUCAUCUGGAGGUCGCUUUCCAGAAGUAAAAAGGAGCCUGAGUGACCGAUUCUCAGUCAUCACCGAUGCUGGAGGGAAGAGGCCAGCCAAAGGGCUCUUGACCAUUAGAAAAACUUGGUCAACCGGCAAUUUCGCGGCUGGCGCGGCGGGUGGCGGGUGUGGGGCCCCGCGCUCCGCUCCCGCCACCCCGCUGCAGCUCGAACCACACCCUCGAUCCACUAAGCAUGAUAAACAAGCCAUAAAGCCUUUGUCGGGUUCAGCGCCGUCCGUGCGCGCUCCACCUCCUAGUGCGACGGGUACCGGUGAUACAACCGAUGGCAAGCAACCGAGCAAGUCCCGGCAGAAAAAAUUCCAAAGGCACUUUCCUCAAGUAGGGCCUGAAGAGAAGGUGCUCAAUUAUUAUUCGUGUGCCCUAGUCGGUGAUCUGCUAUUGCAAGGCCAUCUGUACAUCACCAAGAACUACUUCGCUUUCUACUCCAAUGUGUUCGGAUAUGUGACCAAGUUACUUAUCCCGAUAAUAUCAGUACUCCGGAUAACAAAGGAGAAGGUAGCCCGUAUAAUCCCGAAUGCAGUCGGUGUGUGUACUCGCGAUGAGAGGCACGUGUUCGGGUCCCUGCUCUCGCGGGAUUCCACCUAUAAGCUGAUGAUGCACGUAUGGAAGGCCGCCAGAGCACCCGAACAAGCUGUACCUAAACCACAGGACCUCCGAGCAUCAGAAGUAGAAUUAGAAGUAUCAGAGUAUUCGCCUGAAGAUGACAGUAGUUCUGCGGGCGGCGACCAACCUGAUGCCGCCUCACCGCCUGUCAGACGAGAAUCUGAAGCUAUCAUAGCUGCAGCGGGCGGCGCGGCAGUAAUCCAACCAGCGCUACUGACGGGCAGCGCGGGCACGACGCGGACGGCGGGGCGCUGGUGGCGCCCUCUACUCGCCAUACUCGCCGCCUUCCUCACAUUCACAGCCGUUGUACUUGCUUACAAAUUGUAUCAAGCUUCUUACCAGACACAGGAGGAAAUAGUAAAAUUAUCGGGCGAGGAGUUAUACUCGGAGUUGGUCCGAUGGCGAGCGCGGUUGCACGGACGGGCCGCGAACGAACUUCACUCAUUCCUAACCACCAACCUAUUGUUACUAACUAAGGUAAUUUAUUCAGUCAGACAAUCCUUAGAAGCGCUAUCGGGCGUGAUACUAACCGAUAUGGCUCAAUCAGGCACCAUGGAUCUCAACAUGGACCUAAACCUAGACGUGCCCAACGAGACCCUGUUCAGUUAGCGAGCGACCAAUGGGACUGAAGACCCAGGUGACCAGAUUAUACAGCAUUAUAAUGAAGCAAACUUAGGGUUGUAGAUAUCCGAAAAUACAAGUAUACAGAUUGAUGCAUUUAAAAAGUAUCCGAGAUAUCCCGAAAUAUCCGAGAAUCGACAACCCUAAGUACACUUCAUGCUAUAGUAACUUGUUACUGUUAGCGCUUGCUAGGGUUAUCACUACGUGGAUAUCUCUCGAGGAAAUUAUUGUAUUUAGUUCGACAGCUGUGCUGCAAUCCGACAAGGAAACGCUUUUCCAUGUCUCAGUGAGACGGAAGUGAUACUAGUUUUUAUUUAUUUAUGCAAUUAUUCAGUUUUAAAGUAGUCGCGGAUAAAAAUCCGCCAUUUUUGGUCUCAAAGAACAAUGAACCUCUAUGAAGCGACAAAGAAAUAUAAUAUGUAUGUUGAAUUUAUUAUAUUGUGAGGAAACGUGUAAUAUAGGUGUCCAAAUAUUUAAGAACUAAUUGUCUAAGUAUAUGACAGUACCCACAAAGCGUAUAGGUAUUAUGUGGUUAUUUAGUGACACAUUUCCCUGUUCUAUGCACUUGUAACAAUUAUUUGUUAAUAUUGGACCCUAACAGAGCCGGAUCAAACCUAGAGAGUACCCUAGACAAGCACUUCAUGCCCUUAUGAGCAGUUGGGUACGGGCGUCUCGCGGCGCCCCUCUUAUAACCUGGCGCCCUAGACACUUGACUAGUUCGCUUUAGCGAUAGUACGGCUCUGUACCCGAAUUUAUAAUUUUUAUUAUAUAACUUUUGCAUUUUAUCGUAAUUUAAAUGUUCGCUUCAUUGUUGAAUAUGUUUUAUAAAAAGUAUAAUCAUGAUAUAUACCAAAUAAUAUUCGCGUCUUCACAUGUCUAUAUUUUAGAUGUUUUUGUUAAUGCAUCGUUGUUUUAAUAGAAUCAAGUUCUUAAUAUUAAAUUAUGUUCUUGCUGAAAUAUUUUGCUUUUUGUUCGACUUUUGCUAUGUUGCUAAUAUCGUUCAUUUUUGUUAAAAGCAGGAUUAAUGAAACUUGAUGAAAUGAAAAUGAGUAAGAUUGUCAAAAUAAAAAAAAAUAACAUUUAAAAAAUAUUUAGGUUGAUUGUCGUAUUCACGACACCUUUGACUACCUCUUUGAACAACGUAUCAGCAAUAUAGUAAAAGUUAAACAAUAAUAAAUGUAACUUCUUCAUAUAUUAUCAAGUAUGUGAUUUGUAUAUACAGCGGCAGUAAGCCGUGAUGUCUAUAAGGCAUUGCUAUGUCAUAUUAAUUUGUGUCAAACACAAACGUACUGGGAUUUAAGAUGCGUGGUCGAGAUGAAUGGACGAAUUCCUUGCAAACACGAUUUAUAAGUACACUCUGUAAAAGUAUGAGAUAUUGUUUAUCUUACAGAACGUUUCUAUUCUGUUCUUUGGUAUAAAUGGCAUUUAUAACUAUCUCAUUUCAUAUUACCGCACAAUUUUCUCUAUAAAUGUGCUCUGCAUUUUAAUUGUAAUAAAACGAAUGUCAACAUUCUUCGCGUUCCUUCGUCUCGGCUUCUUGAUAGAUAUUUUCAUAAUCACAAUUCUAUAUCUUUGCAAACUUCAAUAUAUUCGUGUAACACAUUGAAAUUGUAUGUGCUUAGUCUUUGUGGGGAACGAAUAUUAUAAGUCAAUGUUGCUGUUUAUUCCUGUAUUGCUGCAUAUUUUAAUGUAAGAUGAACUUUUUGACGUCAUACCACGUCGGAUUACUUUAUGUAAAUUUUAAAAUACGUAUGUAUUUAUGAAGUGAAUCAUGAAAUAUUGAAUGUGACACAGUAAGUGUAGCGCGGUUUCAAUGGAGAGUAUACAAUUGUGAAUGUGAUAGUGUCAGAAGGCAGGUGCUAGUAUUAGAUAAGGAGUUAUUGUAAAGCAACAUUCCUCGUACGAGAAAGUAUCCACAGUAUGUGUCGAGAGUGGAGUGCGUCUCACGGGCCCAAUGCUCGCUUCAUACAUUUAUUGCCAAAUAGUUUCUUAAUAUUUCUUGCCAAUACAAUGACACACUCUGUAGACGCAACAUUAUUGUGCACCUAAUAUUUCUGUAUCGAUUCCAAACACUACAAAUUCCUUUACACAAAAUUGUAACAAAUAUCGCAAACUGCUAUUUCGACAAUAAGUAAUUAGAAUAAACAUACGUAAUGAAAUAAUUGAUACGGAUUUUUUACAUUUUUAUCGAUGCAUGAAGUAUUAGGUUUGAGAUUUAGUAUGAUUUUAGUGAAGCUACCGUUUUUAAUGAAAUACAAUCAUGCAGAAUGAAGGCGAGUUUUGGACAUUUUAAUUUUAAAAUAGUGUCGUUUAUAGUAACUACUUGUAAAGUUUAUGUAAUUAAUAAUUUAUUAUUCUAGUCUUUGGUCAAGCUCAAGGAUUUGUUAUUCGGUUCUAUUGGGGUUAGUAUGUACUUAGGAUGAUUUUAAAACUAAUGUAAAUGUGGAAUUAUGUUACGGGCACUUGUAAAGUUUGUGCAAUUAAGUGUUAUAUAAAUAUAUAAAUAAAUAUAUGACACAUUCUUAUUUAUUGUAGUUCCAAUUACUUUAUUUUGUACUGGUCAGUUUAGGGAAUGGUGUAUAAUAAUUUUUUAGCACAUUGCUCCACAAGAUUAGAUGAUGCUAGCUAAUUAUUCCUCGAACUAUUCACUCGAUGUAUUUAUGUACAAAUAUGUUCGUUGUAUCGCGUCACCUAGGUUAAUUGGCUGUUGUUUAUAUGUUACGUAAUAAGGGCCUAAUGUCGUACUAGGUUACCAUCUGUGCCAAAGUGUUCCACCACUGUUUGUAUUCCAAAUGACAAGUUAGGCCUUUAUAGAAGGUAGAAGGGACGCUGUAACUUGAGUGUAAUUCUAGUACAUGAUUUAACAGCCAAUAAGGUCUAUUUAAAAAUAUUUGCAACUAAAAUGAAUCGUUUAAUGUUGUUACUAGCGCUAAAGUCAUAACGACUGGACCAAUACGGCAAUUUAUUUUUCAAUUAUUCAUUGAAGUCCUAAAAAGGUACUUCUGAAGAGGAAAAUUCGGAAAAUUGCUAGAUAAUGGUCAGCUAGUUCCAAUUACGAAUGAUUUUACAUGUAACUUAUUGUUUAAAGAAAGUAUAACUUUUAGUUAAUUUAGUCAUGCGAAAUUGAACCGUAUUCCAUUAUUUAUAAGUGUAUAUCUUCAUGUACUAGAUUAUAAACUUUAAGUUUAAUACAUAAUGUCACUUCUACCCAAUAUAUUAUAUGCUUAAAGAUUAACCGACUUAGGCUUACCAAGUCACUAAACAGUCAAUAAAAGGAAUUCAUUGUUGCAACUAAAUCGCUUCAAAAUGUCCUAAAGUUGUAUAUGUACACUUGCUCCACAAUUUCGUGUUAUUCAAGGCUGUCCACGCUAUAACGAGUCAUUUAUCAGAAAUGAAUAUUGCCAAAGACAAAAACACUAGAUUAAAACAAAAUAUCAACGUAGAAUAGUGAGGUUUGUACAAUAGUUAGUCCUUAGGUAGGAUCGUGCUGUUCAUUUGAAUUAUAUUCAUGUAAAUAUAAUUAUUUUACGUAAUUUUUUAAUGUUUAUCCGGUGCAAUAUCGAGUAUCCAGUGAGAUGUAGCUGAUGUUUCAUCAAAUUGUUUUGACAAACAAGAUUAUUUAUUUUCGUUACUUAUAAAGAGUUUAGUGAUAGCUCAGUAAAACAUCAUAAUGCACUUUAUAUGAAUUAUAAGCUUGUGGAAAUAGAAUUAUACUAAUCCGACGUUGAUAUAAAGCUAAAUUUUUAUGUAUAUUAUAUGAAAAGUCAGUUUGUAAUAGCGUAAUUGUAUCAAAGGGUGAUAGAACUGAUUUAAUAGUGAUGUUUAAGUUGUACCACAUAGGAAUUGUUAUGGACGCGUAUGUUGUAUGAUUUCAAAGUUUGUUUUGUAUAUUUUUGUUUGAAAUUGUGAUUUGUUUGUUGAUUUUGUAAAUAAUAGAUAGAUGAGUUAAUUGAACAUGAA